AUGAAGCUCGCCAAUCUCGUGCAGCUGCUUCCCCUAGCCACUUCGGCGCUGGCAAUCAAGACCAUCACUCGUGAUGUCACGGUGAUCGGAGGAGGCGUUGGAGGCACCUACGCUGCGGUGCGCGUGGCCGAUUACAACAAGUCAGUAGUGGUCGUCGAACAAACCGAAACCCUGGGAGGUGCAACUCGCACAUAUCACGACCCUGCCACCGGCGAAACCAUCGACGUGGGCGUGCAGAUCUUCCAGAACAUGGACAUUGUCAAGUCCUUCUUUGCUCGCUACAACCUCCCUCUCAUCAACAUGUCAAUUGGCAUCUCAGGUGCCGGCGGUGGCCUGAUCCCUGUCAACCUUCGCACCGGCCAGCAUUUCAACUACUCUGUGCUUCCAAGCGACGAUAACGUCGCCUCUGCGUUUAAAAAGUACGCUGCACAACUCGCUCGUUUCCCGUUUCUCACCGACCCAGGCAUCCAGCUGCCCGAUCCUGUGCCCGAGGAUCUUCUGCUGCCAUUUAGCAAAUUCGUCGACAAGUACGACCUCCAGGACAUAGUGCAGCUGGUCGCCCUCCAAGCUCAAGGAUUUGGCAACGUGCUCGAGACCACCACAUUGUACGUCUUCAAGUUCUUCAACGAAAUCGUCCUAGAGAACCUGGCCAGCAGCUUCCUCGCCUCGGCCACGACCAACUCGCAUGAGCUGUACGAAAAGGCCUACGACGCUCUCGGUGGCGCCAAGAAUGUCCUCUUCAACAGCACCAUUAUCUCCAUCGAUCGACCCGCCAAAUCCGACCCAGACGCCCCGAUCAAACUAUACGUGCAGUCCUCGUCAACCGGGGAGAUUGUCCAGAUCAACACCAAACAAAUCGUCUUCGCCAUUCCGCCCGUUGCGUCCAAUUUCGAAACCGUCGACCUCGACGAGACCGAGGACAGCCUCAUCUCGCGCUUCACGAGCCAUACUUUUAUGGCUGGUGUUCUCAAAAACGCCGCCUACCUGGAAGCCCCCGGUCUUCUGUACAACGCAGACCUGACUACUCCUUACAAGCUACCAAAGCUGCCGUCUAUUUACUUCAUCGGCCCGAUGUUCGGCAACCUGACUGCAAUCCCCUAUGGAGGCCCUUCCCCUCCCGACCCAGAAGAUGAAGAGGACAUCAAAAAAGAUGUCAUCUCUCUCGUCAAAAAGAGCAUCCCGGGAUCUGACCCAGAGAUCGUCUCGUGGAUGAGCGGUGGGAAUUAUGAGUGCCAGGUCAGUGCAGACGAGAUCCGCGGUGGGUUUUAUGAGCGUUUGAACAACUUGCAAGGUUAUCGCAAUACCUGGUGGACUGGGGCCGCAUUUCAACAUCCGGAUUGUGCCUUGAUUUGGAAUUUCACGGAUGCAGUUGUGAUUCCUAACUUGAUCAAGGCUUUGAAUGCAUAA